GCGUCCGCCAUUGCAACACUGCAAUUGCAGCGCAGAAAAUAUUGCGGCCAUCCUUUUAUUCGCUGCGUGGGGAAUGGGGAGUGGGGCGGGCUCCGCACCCUUGGUUGAAGGUAUUGACCGCAUCCAUCCUUUUCGGUGAGUUCAUUAUCUUGUUGGUGAGGCUCUUCUGGGCAGAAAAAUUGCGCUCAGUUGGGUGUGCGUUUGGUUGGGCGAGCAAAUUUGCGAGACGUCCACACACCCGCUGACGCACACUUAUAUACCUCUCCUCUCGGCUGUGUUCUGCCCACCCUGAAUUCCUUCAUCCCACAGUACCUACACUCCUAGACACCUGCAUUCCACAUUAAAUCACUCCGCCCUCCACAAUGGCGACCAGCAACACCACCUCGCCACCCCCACCCGAACCCACCAUGACAGCAGCCUCAAGUCUCCCCUACGGCCUCGCCGGCUUCCUCACACACAUCAUCAUCUACAUAAUCCUCGUCUUCCUCAUCGCCGACCGAUCACCGUGGGGCGGCCGUCCGCUCAAGACAACCACGCUCCGCAAAGCCCUCGGCUUCCUCACCAUCUUCUUCGCCGGCGCUACAGUCCUCCUGCAACCCGACUCGAUCGACGACUCGCCGCCCCUCGUUCUCAUCACCGUCAACAACACCACGCUGCCCUUCUACCUCGGCCUGCUGUGCGUGCUGGCCGGCGACCGCGGCGAGCAGGAGGAGAAGGAGCACGAGGACCCAGACCAAGCAUUGAGAGUGCACGUUUACGCCCAGCUGCGCUGGAACAUCCUCAUGGGCUUCUUGGGGCUGUACGUCAUCAGCGCGUUGCUCAGCCUGGGGGGCAGCUUCGUCCUGGCCGCUACGUACAUCAGGGAAACGCCGAUCCGCGAGGGUUUAUGCCUCGGCUUCGUCUUCGUGGAUCUCGCCUUCAUUACGUGCAAUGCAAUAUCGAUGUAUCGGCAGUACCGCGCCGGGCUUGCAGCGCGCGGAGGAGACGCGCAGGGCGAGGAGGAGGAGAAAGGCGAGAAGAAGGAGGAGGACCUCGCGUCGGCGGUAGCGCCGUUAUCACUAUCGCUAUUUCAACGCCUGUGGUUCCUGCUCUCGCGGUUUCUCGUGCUGGUGUGUGUCUGGACCGUGCUGCUGACGCCGCUGUUUGGAGACGUGGUGCUGACUGCUUGCACGGGGGAUGGUGGGGGUUUGGAUGCCGCUGCGGCUGCAAGGCAGGAAAGUGGUGUUAAGGUGGAGUUUGGGCAGGCGGCGUAUAUUGUCUCUGUGGCGCUGCCUUUUGGGGCUAUUUUUAUUGUUUGAGGGGACUGGCUACCCGUUGGUUAUGG